AUGCCAAGGAACACACUACUCUCCAACUCUGCCCUCUACGCGCCCACCACCAUCACCAAUGCCGCUCCGGUGAUCAAUCCAGAAUUCAGGAUUGCAAAUCACUUACUACUCUCCAACGGUUACAAGAACGCUGUGGUUUCGCCUUUGUGCAUCAAACUCCUUCUUAGCAUUGCCGCCGCCGGGUCCAACGGCCCGGUUUGUGACGAACUCCUCUCGUUCCUCCGAUCAGAAUCCGUCAACGAUCUCAAUUCCGUGGCAACUCAGCUCUUGUCCUCCGUUCUUGUCGACCGUCUUUCGAGCGGCGGGAUUCACCUCUCUUACGCAAAUGGUAUUUGGGUUGACAAAAGCCUAUCUCUAAAGCCUUCCUUCUCACAAGUUUUGGAAAAUACUUACAAGUCCACUUUCGCUUCACUCGAUUUCACAAACACGGAUGAAGUAGCGAAGGAGAUUAACUCAUGGGCCGAAAGGGAGACGAAAGGCGUUAUUAAGAACUUCAUUGAUCCUAGUUCAAUCCAAUCGACGGAGUUGAUCAUGGCGAACACACUCUACUUCAAAGGAUUAUGGUGGGACAGCGACACCUUCAGAAAAAAAUAUACAUGGGAUGGUGACUUUCAUCUCUUAGAUGGGAGUGGCUCAGUGAAGAUUCCCUUCAUGGAUGGAAGUCACCGCCGUUCCGCCAUUGCUCAUCAUUAUCAAGAUUUCAAGGUCCUGAGUCUUGAUUACAAGGAAGGCAGCAGCGAAGAUGUCCCAAGAAGGAGGUACACCAUGCAUAUUUUUCUUCCCGAUGAAAUCAACGGCUUGCCGGCUUUGGUUGAAAAGGUGUUUUCUGAUUCUGCAUCUCUUGAAAGCAUGCUCCCGUUCAGUUAUGUAGAUUUAGGUAAACUAAAGAUCCCAAGAUUUAAGCUAUCUUUCAAGGUUGAGGCUUCGCCAAUGUUAAAGGAGAUGGGUUUGAUGUUACCAUUCAUGGAAGAAGCUUUGACUGAAAUUGUGGAAGAGAGAGCUGUGUCUAUUUCCAAAAUUAUCCAGAAAUGCACCAUUGAAGUGAACGAAGAAGGGACCAAAGCUGCUGCAGCUACAACGAUGAUGAUUCCUCCUACGGGUGGUGCAGCACCAAGAAUGAAUAAGCCUCCUCCUUUUGACUUUAUUGCAGACCAUCCAUUCCUGUUUCUGAUAAGAGAACAGUAUAGUGGAACUGUUCUUUUUGUUGGUCAAGUGCUCAAUCCUCUUGAUGGAUGAUGCCAUGGUUAUUAAUAUACCAAAAAACUCAAGUUACUAGGUUAUAUACUGCUUUAUUAAGGGAAGAUGGAGUGAAUUAUUUCUUCGAUGCAAAUACUUAAUUGAUUGGGUUAUCGGUUUUUAUUUAA